UGGUCCACCUCUCUUCUCUUUCCCACUGUGAUAUUCACUCUCAAACCAAACCACACUCUGCAAAAGUGUUUCUCAUUCCAAACCCUGCAAUGGCUUCCAACAAGCUUAUUGCCACCAUCAUGCUGCUCUCUCUCCUUGCCUACACCACUUCAACCCAUGCAUGUGGCACAUGCCAUCCCCAAUCUCCUCCUCCUCCAUCAGGGAAGUGCCCUAAGGACACCCUAAAGCUAGGGGUUUGUGCUGACAUCCUAGGACUUGUUAACGUUGUUGUUGGCUCACCUGUCUCCAGCAAGUGUUGUGCAUUGCUCCAGGGUUUGGCUGAUCUAGAGGCUGCACUUUGCCUCUGCACUGCCAUCAAAGCCAAUGUGCUUGGAAUCAACCUGAAUGUUCCUAUCACACUCAGUGUGCUCCUCAGUGCAUGCCAAAAAACUGUUCCUUCUGGUUUCCAAUGUGCAUAGGUUCAUCUCGUCACUUGUGUCCUCAAACUGUUGUCUUGUUUUUACAGUUCUUCUUUUUCUGCAAUGUGUGGUUUUAAUAAUUUGGCAAAGACAUGUUUGUGUGUCUUAGUAAGUAAUAUUUCGUCUUUUCUGGUAUAUUUGGGGAACUUUGCAAGUUUUGUUUUUGGGGUAUGUUGGAAGGGUUAGAUUUGUUAAACCAGAUCUUAAUGACCAAUAUGCAGAAUUUAUUGUACUUCUUCAUAAUCAAUCAAGUGUGUAUUAUCAAUUUAUGUAAGUUCAUCACUGUCUCUUA